CCGGCCAUGGCCCGGCCGCGCCCGCUGCUCUACCUGUGCCUGGGCUGCGUGUGCCUGAGCCUGGCGCAUGACCAGGUGUCCCAGCACAUGCUGAGGCUCUAUGACAGCUACCGCGCGCCGCGGACGCCGGGGGUCGCCGCGCCGGGUUCGCAGCCCCCACGCCGAGGCAACACGGUCCGCAGCUUCCGAGCUGCAGCGGCAGGAACCCUUGACAUCAAGGGACUUCAUGUUUUUAACCUGACUUCUCUAACCAAGUCUGAAAACAUUUUAUCUGCCACGCUGUACUUCUAUGUUGGGGAACUUAUAAACAUCAGCCAGACUUGCCCCAUGCCUCGAGGAUGUUCGCAUCACGGUUUGAGGAAACACAUCCAAAUUGAUAUCUCUGCAUGGAUCCUCAAGUCCAACAGAAACCAAAGUCAACUUCUCGGUAAUCUUUCAAUAGAGAGAGCCAAGCCUCACCGAGACUUUGUGUCCUGGCUGUCUAAAGACAUCACUCAACUUUUGAGGAAAGCCAAGGAAGAUGAGGAGUUCCUCCUAGGAUUUAACAUUACCUCAAAAGGACACCAGAUGCCAAAGAAGAUGCUACCAUCUCCUGAACCUUAUAUCUUGGUGUACGCCAACGAUGCUGCCAUUUCUGAGCCAGAGAGUGUUGUAUCCAGCCUACAAGGACACCGAAGUUUCCCCAGUGGAGCCAUGCCCCAAAUGGGUAGCCACAUCAGGGCAGCCCUUUCUAUUGAACGGAGGAAGAAACGUUCUACGGGGGUCCUGCUGCCUCUGCAGAACAACGAGCUUCCCGGCGCAGAAUAUCAGUAUAAGGAGGACGGCGCCUGGGAGGAAAGAAAACCUUACAAGACGCUUCAGACGCAGCCUCCUGAGAAGAGUAAGAGCAAAAAGAAACAGAGAAAGGGACCCCACCAGAACGGCCAGACCCUCCAAUUUGAUGAGCAGACGCUGAAGAAGGCAAGGAGAAAGCAGUGGAUUGAACCACGGAAUUGUGCCAGGCGAUACCUGAAAGUCGACUUCGCAGAUAUUGGCUGGAGUGACUGGAUUAUCUCCCCCAAAUCCUUUGAUGCCUAUUAUUGCUCGGGAGCAUGCCAGUUCCCCAUGCCUAAGUCUCUGAAGCCAUCAAAUCAUGCCACCAUCCAGAGCAUAGUCAGAGCUGUGGGGGUCGUUCCUGGAAUUCCAGAGCCUUGCUGUGUUCCAGAAAAGAUGUCAUCACUCAGUAUCUUAUUCUUUGAUGAAAAUAAGAAUGUGGUUCUUAAAGUAUAUCCUAACAUGACAGUAGAGUCUUGUGCUUGCAGAUAACCUGGCAGAGAAUUUGUUGGAAAUCUUAAUUCAAUCAUUAGUUUAUUUUUAUGGACUUUUGUUUUGCACUGCCAAUGCAUUUCAUUUCAAGGGAUUUUUUAACAGUCAAAAGAGACCAAGCAAAUCGACUGCUAAUUUCCACCAACCAGAACUAGACUGUAUUCGUUUCCGAAUGUAACUUAAAGCGAGAUUUAAGUAAAUAUGAACAUAUAUUUCUCUUCCUCAAUCAAACAUGAAAAAUUUACUUAAAUGUUUUUUAGAACUGUUAAAAAGCACUGAUUUAUUUUUAUAUUGGGAUUUGAAAAUUAAUUGAAAACACUAUAAUUUAUCAUUUAUCUCUACUCUUUACAGGAUAAUUUUGUAUUUAAAGUAGGUGAACUGCCUUAAAUUCCUAAAAAUAAAAAAGAAAGAAAGAAAAAAAGAAAACAACUCAGCAAGUACUAAACAAAUGCUAAAUAAUCCAAUCAACAUUACUGUUUCUUUUAGAAAGUUUGAGUCUGUUUACCUGUGUCUCUUCCUCCCACCUUGCAUUGAGUUAAAAGUUGAGUGAAGAAUGUGUGCUGUGCCUUGGUGUAUCUGUGAACAUACAUUGUCAGAUUCGUAUGCCCUUAGUAGGAAGGUAGGUUUGCUUGAUAUGCUUUUAUAAUGUAGUCUACACAGAAUUUUUUUCCAUGUCAUGUUCUGGCCAGCACCAUUUGAUUAUGAGAAGUUUACCAAAAAUGAUAGAGUGUUUCAAGAGCAUAUGCAGAGAGUUACCACUUGGCCCAGACAGUUAAUUGGAAAUACAGUUGUUUUCAUUUCUUUGCCUCCCAGAAAAGGAAUCCAACAAUGCAGUUUUCAAAAACCCAGAUGUAGUUCCUAUUCUAUACCUCAUCUUCAUAAGAACACUUAGUUAACUUGAGUUCAAGAAUUAUUCCGGAAGCUUUUCCAUUUUUAUUUUUCUAUGACUUUACUUCUUGUGAAGAAACAAUAGGUAUCAAGCCUCAAGAACUAAGGGAAUAUUAGACACUUCUUUGAGUGUCCUAUUUAAUAACAAUCAUAGGUUUAUUAUCAAUCUUUACUACAACCAGAUUCAGGUACUUCUUCACACAGAUUAAGACUUUUAGUUCAUCAAUAGAAACCAUCUUUGGCAUGUUUAGCACCAAAACUUGUUCACCAAGAAAGGCAAUCACUAUAGAUGUUUUAGGGAGUUUUGUCCCAUUUUGAUUUGCUUAAAUAUCUCCUCACACUUUUGCCCUUGAAUAUGUUUCAAAAAUCAUUCACUCACUUUAUUUACAUAUAUGUAUGACAUAAUUUUUUCAAACCAUGGAUUGUUUUUGAUGUUAUAUCUGUGGUUAAUAAUCACUUUUUUUUAAUAUCAGCUCUUUAAAGACAAGCUAUUUUAUAGGCUGUGAAAUAUCAAAAGACAUGGGAUUUUGUUCUGUCUCUGCCUAUUGUUACUAUAGUUGUUCAAAAUUUAAUAAAUAUUUAUUGAGCAUAUAUUUUGCAAAAGACACUGUGUUAAGUCUGUGUCUUUAGUGGUAAGAUGUACAGGCUGACUGAUUGAAUUGGAAGGUCAUUUUAGCACUGAAAGUUUGCGUUUAAAAUAUUAGCUAUUUGUACACAUCUUCCUUGAACGGAUGAGAGUAAUAACCCCAAACAUUACAAGUACCUCUGUCCAUAAAUAUCCUGUUCUUCAGUGUUUGUACGUUGCAUCCUCUUUGGCUGAAGCGGCUUUUUUGUAUUGUUGAAAAGAAAAGAAAAAUCCCAUGAAAAAGAAUCUAGCACUUAGGUGUAAGAAAAGUCUGCAUGAGUGUGUGUUAAUUCCAUGAAAGAAACACUCAGCUCUAAAUAGCACUGCACUGCAUUGUCCUCGCGUUGUUCAUCGAUUUUGCUCGAGUGGGCCCAGUAACGUCUCCAUUUUGAGACUUGUUGUUACUGUGUUUGGCAUAUCGAAUAUGUCACCGGUAGCUUGCCAGGCUUUGCCAUGCUGGCAAGAUACUCUCGGUAGCUUGCUGGGCUCUCCGAGAGGGGCGGAGGAAUCGAACCCAGCUCGGCCAGGCUGGCUGCAUGCAACGCAAAUGCCCUAUCACUGUGCUAUCACUCCAGCCAAACUCAGCUCUAAAUAAUUCAUUAAAUAUUGGUGCCUGAAUUACUGCAACUUCUAAGAAUUCACUUUUU